AUGAAACGUUUGAAGCAGCAUGUCUACUCAGACCCUAUCCCAGUUGAUAUACUCAUCGAUAUAUUCUCUCUCGUCCCGGGAGAAUCGAUAGCUAGGUUUCGUUGCGUCUCGAAAUUGUGGCGAUACAUACUUGGUCGUCCUGAUUUCAAAGACUUGUUUCUGACCAAGUCUUCCACUCGCCCAAGGUUCUUUUUCUCCUUGCAUCAUGAUGGGAAAGUAUUUUUCUACUCUACGCCUCAGCUCCUAAAUCAAGGUGAGAAUUCUACUCUUGUAGCCACACGUUACCAUACGUCUUAUCCUAAAUACUUUCCAGAUCCAUCAAAACUCCGUACCCUGGUCUGUGGAUUGGCCCUCUUUAAAUCUUAUGAAAGAAAGAUUCGGGUGAUUUUUAAUCCUAUCACGGGAGAGUUCCUAACCUUACCCAAACUGCUUCUGAAAAACAAAAACUUACCCGAUAUGAAAGCUAAGAGUACUAUUCCCGACCGAGAAAUCGUUGCAGGGAUCUAUCUUGGAUAUGAUCCGAUCAGCAAACAGUUCAAAGUCCUGUGUAUGACCUCGUCACAUUGUGAAAGACCCAAUACUCAUCAGGUUUUGACACUGGAGUCUGGAAAACGUUUGUGGAGAAGGCUCGAAAGCAAAUUCCAUUUUAUAGAGAAUCAUAGAAUGGCUAAUGAAAUCUGCAUAAAUGGUGUUUUGUAUUUCGGAGGUGUGUUGAGACAAUCUUCUGUGAUAGUUUGUUUCGACGUUAGGUCUGAGAAGUUCAGCUUUAUUAACAUGAAGAGAGGCAUGUUCGAUAAAUACGAUAUUGAGUCUUAUUCAUGUUGGUAUCUGACUUUGUUCAACUACAAAGGAAAACUAGGUAUACGUCAGGCAACAAAAGAACCUUGGGAGUAUCAUCAACUUGUGUUGUGGGUCGUGGAAGAUUCUGGAAGUCACAAAUGGUCCAAGCAGGUUUACGAAUUGCCUCGUUUAGUUUACAAUUCCGCAUUUGUAUUUGCUGGAAUGGCUGGUACAGGUGAAAUCGUGUUUUCGGUCAGGAGCCCUUUCUGCGUUUACUUGUACAAUCUCGAGGGCGAAACCUUUACAAGAGUCCAUAUUCAGGGAUUUGAAAGGUUUAAUACUUAUAUUCGCACCUUUGUAGUCUACGUGGAGAAUAUGGAGUUUAUGUAA